AUGAUUAGUAACAUAGUUAGCAGAGAAAUUGACAAAAGGUUAGGUAACCAAACUGAUAAGGAUAAAGAAAGGAAAGCGAACCUGAAAGAUAAUCCGAAUAAGGAUCCAAAAAACUCUAAAAUGGGAAAGCCCCGAAUUAUCUCGGUCAUAGAGCCAGAGAAUAGGAUAGAAAUUCAUCGCGUAAGAGAACCUGAAAAGUCCAUAGUAUCAAAGGAAGAGACUUGGGUCCCGCGCAUAGCCGCUGUCCAGAUCAGUUGCUGUGAAGGCGUGCAAUAUGCCGACGUCCUGAGGAUAGCUAAGGAGAAGAUUGACAUCGACAAAUUGGGAAUCCCAGAAAUACGACCUAGGAGAGCCAGAACCGGUGCCUUGUUACUGGAAAUUCCUGGCAAAGAUGGAGCUGCCAAAGCCAAUGAACUGGCGGACAAAUUAAAGGAAGUACUGCUAAACAACCGCAAUGUACUCAUUUCUAGGCCGGAGAAAAUGGCGGAUAUGAGAAUAAAAGAUCUCGUUGAAUCAAUGUCAAGGUCAGAGAUUAUUAGUAAAAUCGCUGAGAUCGGAGGCUGUAAUAGUGAUUGUAUUAAGGCAGGUGAAAUUUCCCAGUCAUUAAAUGGGCUGGGUUCAUUAAUCGUGAAAUGCCCACUCGCUGCUGCCAAGAUAAUUACUAAUUCAGCGAGAAUAAAAAUAGGUUGGACAGCGGUAAGGGUUGAGCUUCUUCCAGAAAGACUAGCUCAAUGUUACAGAUGCCUAGAAAUAGGACACGUGAGAGCGUAA